AUGGACCUAGGAGAAGAUGUGGAUGACCCGUUUGUGCUUGACGUCAACAAGCUAUGGGAGCCUUCUUAUUUCCAUCCUCCAGCACUGCAACCGCUAGACUCCCUCCCUUGGGAUGAUGGCUUCCCAGAACUUGCCCAGGGUGUCUUUCAAGGUGCCUUUGACCAAUUUACAAAAAAUGGUUCCAACAUAUAUGAAUUAAAUAUUUUCGGCACAGACCCGCUUGAUUCGACUGACACAGAUUCCCUUCCAUCCCACAGUGCGAGAAAAACCAGUAUAGAUUCUGACGGGGCGGAGGAAGAAACGGAUGAGAGAGCAGAUAUAUGGGCGCUCGAUGACAUUUUAAAGCCAAUUACUGAAAAAGGAUCAUUGGGAUCGUGGGAUACAUUUCCAGACCAUCCCGUUCGCCAGAAUGUCCCUCUUUACCUGAGUGAAGCUGGCCCACGUGGAUUUGAUGCUGCAUUGGGUUAUCAGGCAACAAAAUCCGGACUUGAGGAUUCGGGUCGAGUAGCGCGAACAAAUAUUUUCAUUGCGAGUCUAUUUCGGCUGGGCCUCGGGUGGAAUUCGAUAUUUUUCCGCUUCAACGAACAAAAUCGAGUCUUCGAAAAGUAUAUCAAAGAUGCCCGCAUAUCUGGAAUCAGCCUAACGGCAGUGAAUGGCCUGGUUGAAGAAUUUUUACAAUGUGGAACGCAAGUACGCAAGAUAAGAAGAUUCCUUCUCGAAACGCCUUCUCGAACCGAUCUCCCGACCCCGUUGUCCAGCCUUGCCAGCGCAGUGUCAAUCCUGCUACAUAGUUUUGAGGAGCAUGUAUACAAGUGUUUUAAGAUGGGUUUACCGUUGUUGGCGAGUCAAAUGUUAUUCAGACGGCCUGCAUGUCUCCUCAAUGCACUCGUUGACAUCAUAAAAGGCGCGGAAAAUGCGAUAACGGACGGUGCUGUUAUAUCGUCCGUCUUUACGAAAUGCGAUCAUUACUCCCAUGAAUAUGCGUGGCUCUCUGGAGUUCUUCAUGAAUUAAUGGCAUUGGUGGCUGAAUCGUGGCUUUUACUGGUUGAGUCUUGGAUUGGGCUCCAGCCCGAGCCACAAACCAUGCCGGAGCUCAAUCGGAAUGAGAAAAGCUUCAUAAAAACUGAGGAAGUUGAUGGUAGAAAUUCCAGAAGUAUUGAAGCUAAACUGGUUGACUACAGCUUCCGUCCAGAAGCUAUGCCCAUCUUUGUUCCCACAGACUAUGCAGAAAUGAUAUUCGAAGGUGGCAAGAGCCUGAGGCUACUCGAAGAAUUCCAUCCUAAUCAUCCACUUUCCGUAAAGAGCGGCGCGAGUCGGUCAGUGAAUCUAACCUUGGAGUGUGCGUUUACCUGGAAAGAUAUUGAUAAAAUCCAACAAAAAGCCAACGACUAUGAGUCGCGACUUCGAGCUGAAAUACUUAGCUACGAUGAAAAACGACUCCAGAAAUGUCCCACGCUAUCACCCGAGGACAAGAAUAUCGGAAAUACAGUUCAUGUUGGCCAUUAUCCAAUUGACGGCGUCUUUUCACUUUUAGAUAUCGACGACAAGAAUGAUACUACCGAGUUAGCGAGUCAAUCUUCAGUCUCUUCCCAUAAACUACACAUUCUCCUCGCUGAGAGCAACUGUUUCAACACCGACAAAGUCCCUGGAAACGAAUUUCUUUUCGGACCACCUUUGGAUGCGUCUGUUUAUCUUUCAUUCGCCCCAGCUAUUUCAGCGCAAACUAGAUUAAUCAAUUUCUCCUGCCUCCACCUUCUCUUCAAAGGACAUAAAAUCAAGGACCACCUGCAAUUACAAUGGCGUUUUCAGUUAUUAGGCGACGGGGUCUUUUCGUCACGCUUAUCUCACAUCUUAUUUGACCCUGAAAUGCACAGUGGAGAACGGAAAGCUGGGGUUGCCCGCGGGGGAAGUUCUACUGGACUUCGUCUGGGCAAUCGAGAUACCUGGCCACCAGCUAGCUCUGAGCUCCGUCUGGUGCUUAUGGGCUUGCUUUCUGAGAGUUACCACGGCGACAAAAAUUACCCUGGCCACAACACCGGAAACCAAACCAGGAACAGGGACUUGCCUGGUGGCCUCAGCUUUGCAAUCCGUGAGCUGACGGGUGAAGAACUUUUAAAAUGCAAAAAUCCCAAUUCCAUUGAGGCUUUAGAUUUCCUCCGUCUCCAAUACCAUCCCCCUUCAGUGCUCGAAGCCAUAAUAACCCCCAGGAGUCUACGCAGAUAUGACUCUAUUUUCAAACGCCUUCUACGGCAGAUGCGAAUGCUUUCAGUUUCAUGCGGCCUAAUCCGAAACUCUACAGAUCGCUCAAAUGCUACCGAUAUGAGCCGAACAAUCACACAAAAAUUCCGGAUCGAAGCACAUCAUUUCGUUCAAAGCGUGAGCGACUAUUCCUUCCACAUUGCUGUUGGAGAAACAUGGAGCAAGUUCGAGAGAACACUUAUCAAGACUGAGAAGUGCAUUGAUAAGGGGGAUAUCGAUGGUACCCUUGACCACGCCAAAAGCUUACACCGCCUCCGAGAAUAUCAUGAAGAAAUCCUUGACCAGAUCCUCUUUGCUUUAUUUGUGAGCAAGAAACACACACAGGCCAGAAACCUUUUGGACGAUAUCUUCAGCACGAUUCUCACAUUCUCUUCUUUAUCGAAAGCAGCAGCCACUGGCACGUGGAUGGAGCAAGAAGGGAUGCAAUCUUACGAUCGGGUAGUUCGUCAGCUUUUCUCGGUGUUUAGGAAACAGGUUUCAGGCUUUGUGAGAUUUUUAAGGGCGUUGGAUGGGGCCAAAGAGAUGAAGUCGAAAGGGAAAUACCGGGCUCUUACAGCUUGGGGGAGUGAUGGUCGUGCGGGUGUUGAGACAGAGAGUGUCUUUGAACACCUCCUUUUGCGGUUGGAUAUGAAUGGGUUUUAUUAGUUCAUUCAUUGUAUGUGAGAUAUAAGUCAACGAUAUCCCUAACGUUAGAAGCCAUUGUAGAAAACCGUCGAGUGAUGCUUAAAAUGUUUUAUUCUGCGGGCUUCUCAAACCUUCAUACAUGUUGUCACCAGUCGAGGAGCCUGAGGAAUGCUUUUUAAAAUAUCCUCCACAAGCUGGGAAUAUAUAU